GUCACAAGUUCGUUGAUAUCAUAUUCAAGGCAAGAAGGGUCCUGCGUUACAAUGAGAUCUCGCUUGAUUUCCGCCUCGAUGAUGUAGCGAAAACGAUCGUAUAAAAUCAUAACUUACAAUAGACAUAAAUUGCUUAGGAAUAUCCGCAAAAACUUGUGUUUUCCCAGUAUAUUUAAAAACCGGUAGAGCAGCAGUGGAAUAUUUAACAUCGCUAAUUUGGAUAACAAUUAAAUGUGAGUUAAAAUAAAGUGAGUUUCCAAGGUUACGUUUCAACCCAGUUAACUCCAAAAAGAGAACGCAUUUCGAAGAAUGUUUUGAUGCUUGUUUAUUGCGUUCAAGUUUAUUAAGGUCCAGUGUUGUAGUACUAAUGGGUUGAUAACGUAAAUGUCAGCCGGUAGAAUGCCAUUGCCCGGGUUUUGUAUGCGUAUUAACCUCCUUGUUUUAUCCCGGGUGCAAUACAGCCGUGCAUUUUAUCAACGUUAACUAGAUCACAACUUUUCGAUAGCAUCUUACUUAUGUAUUUUCUGACUUGCUGACUUAAGAACACCUUAGUGUGAAGAAGUCUUUAUGUAAAGAAUUGGCUCUUAUAAGAGACCUAUCAACGCUUUUCCUAUCUUCAUAUUUUGUGGAGUCGUCAGGUUGACUUAUUAUUUCCCGUCAUAAGUUGCGAUAUAGAUUCCUUCUAGAAAUACUGGAUAAUGGUAUUUACUUUAAUUUUUAAUUCCUUUGUUCAUGAUUAGUGUCCUCCAUUAUUGAAGCGAAUUAUAAUCUCAUAACGAGAGCAAACAAGCGUUAGAUGCCUAAAUAAUGACUGAAUUACAAAUGUAAAGACUUGAUGAGGCGAAUAAUAUCCCUAUUGUUGUAGAAAAAUUAGACAUAUUGGAGGUACAGCAUUGUCAUUGUAACUGUCCGUUAUAGUUAUUAUUUGCAGUAUUAUCUGUUCUUCACAAAUGUACCGGAUCUACUUGGUGUCUUAUAUUGUAUUGAUGAUUGUUUUCGGUAAUUGGUGUUCUGUAAGUAGAAGAUUUACAUCGGGCAUAUAAAAGAUAUAGAGAAUAUAAAAAAUACGUAUAUUUCUGGUCGUAAGUUCAUAAAUGUUUGACCUAAAAUUACAACUACGAUGCGGCAAUACAAACGACGUUAUCGAUGUUAAUUCUUUUUCAUUGGAUUAUGCACUCACAUCUAGCGAAAUCCGUAAAGUCUGAUUUCAAUUGUUAUAAAAAUUCGCUUGACAUAUUUUGCUCAGAUUAUUAUACUCGGUGUCCAAAUUUUCAGGACUCAUUCAAGCAACAAGGAGCCAAGCUGAAGGUUGCAAACCCAAAGUUCAUAAGCAAUGUGUCCGUGCUAACUGGACGGAAAAGCCGUAGAGAUCCUUAUCUUACUAAUAUGACAGGAACACUCUUGAUGCCUUAUGGUAAUAAUGUUACUUUCGCAACAACUUUGACCUUGACCUCUGGGGGCGUCUUCCGUAUCGUGGCGAAAGUGUGCGAAACGACAAAAACAAAAUGGAUGAAUGAGUUCAUGUCAUCUUUCACCAAUUUGACACUUAAUAAGUGUCCGUUUCCUGCAGGUACCUAUUCAUACUGGAACAUGGAACUGCCACCAAAGAACAUUCCGAUCCCGAUAGCUGAUGGCGACUACUACAUCAAGUUUGAACUAUACGUCACAGCCACUAAGGAGUCUAUUCUUGAAAUCGAUACGCUGUUGCAUUACGACGAGAAUGCUAGACGAGCCAAGGGCAAGAAGAAAGGAUGAAUAAAUGAAUACGCUUUAACUGGG